GCGACUCGUGCCGUCGUCACUGUCUGGCUGCGUGAUACGCCUCCGCCGGGAGCGUCGCGACGGCAUCGCGUCCACCUCGUGCGCUUAUUAACCCGUGAAUAAGCGCGGCGCGAUAAGGAAUCCUGCUUCCCCAUCGCGGGGUUCAUCGGAGUUCGCGCGCGUGAACGGCACUGUCGAAGAAAGAGAGCGAGAUAACGCCGCGAGGUGGGAGGGGCGAGAGAGAUUACGCGCCACUGCCGCCGCAGUUCCCUGCCAGUUCUCCGCUCCGCGAUGCUCCGUAUAAGCGGUGUCUCUUCGCCCGACUAGCGUUCUAGCGCUUUACGUUCGCACGACGCCGCAUAAUUCGACCAAGCAUCCCCGAGCGAUUCUCGCGUACAAGGACGCGAGAAAGAGAAGAGGACCGAAGCAGUGACGCUGAACGAAGAAUCGGUCGCCCACGUCGCAGCCUGUCAUCUCACAGCGUUCUCAACGCACGCGGCGAGUUUCUCUCUCCGGUGACGGCUCAGAUACCCGGUGCCACUCUCUACACCGACGUUGGAAAACUGAUACAUCGACAGGAUGAACUACGGAGAUUUAUCGAACGCCGAUCCUGCCAGGAGUUUGCGGAGGAUCGCUCGGCACGACGAGCCGGAAUUCAGCAACGCCAGCAUCCUGAACAGCAUGGAGAAGUUCGUGCGCACCGUGAGCGAGAUGGAGGACACGAUUCUGGUGCCGAGCCGUCUGCUGGAUCUCUCCGUGGGCGACGCCGGCGACACGGUCUGCAUGAAGGGCAAGCGCGGCUACACGGCGAAGGACACUCUGGCCAACACCGACCUGUACCGCCUCUACAACAUCAUCAAUCAGAUGAAGAUUGAACUGCUGUGGUCGCAGGAGCCCACGCGCAUCGAGCCCGACGAUCAAAUGCCGCUCAAGGGCCAUCCGAUCGGCAGUCCAGAACUGGCGCAUCACCAUCCGGCGAGACUGGGUCACGUGCGCUGCCCGAGCACCACGUCGAUGCAGAGCGUGCAGAGCGCGUCCUCGAUCGUCUCCACGUCGGACUCGGACUCCGAGGUCGGUAUCGAGAUCGACAGCGGUCUUGAGGGCGAGGAGUGCGCCGAUCUGGCGAGCAUCGCCGCGGAGAACUUUCGCCGUCACUUGCGCGGCCUUCAUCGCAGCAUCGCCCGUAUGACGGAGGCCGCCGAGUACCUGACGCUGCGAUAUCAGGCUGACGUCGGCGGACAAGUCUGAUUCGUCGCCGUCGCCGUCGCCGUCGCCGCCGCUGCUGCCUUUAUUGUCGUCAUCGUCACUGUCGUCGAAUUGAUUCUCAUUGGCAUCGCGAGUAGAUUCCGCGUUCUCGCCCCGUUAUUGGCCUGGCGGGUGCUCUCGCGACUCCUUCCUUCGCACCGGCGCUUCGGGAAGCGUCCGGUGUCGCGCAGUUUCCGUCAACGAGUCAGCGCGGUAUCAAUCCGUCGUUUUACCGCGCGAUUCGCUGCGGGAGAAGUAUGCUUGUUGUCCAUGUGCGACCCGCUUAUAAAGACAAUAAUGUUAUCUUUUAAUAAUGUAUUCAAGAAGCGCAAUAUGAGACGAGUAAUUUAUCGGUUAGGCGGAAUUGUUGAGAAAUGAGUUAUCAGUUCUAAAAACGGAAUUGAGACUACGAGAUAAGAUAUCUGUUAUUUUUUAAUGAUGAAAUAGCGUUUAGUUUCUCUUCUGUUUUUAACUUUUGUAACUUAUGCAAGAAAAGAUAGAAAUGUGAAAUAUUAUUUUGCCGCACACAUGGAGCAUACUUGCGAUUCUAAUAGAAUUAGGGGUACACCGUGUACCGUUAACGUCGAUUAGAAAUUAUGACGAAGACGAAUGUAAAACAAAAGUAUCGUACGCGAUAAAUAUACACAUAAACGUGAGAAACGCGCAUCAGUUUAGCUUAUUCUCACUUGCGUUUUCUCGUACAAUUUUCUUUCGAUGAAGCAUAACGCUGUUGAGAACGACAUUUUCUUUUAUGCCAUUUUUUGCAUUUAAAAUUAUAUUAAAUCACUUGUUUUAAUUUAUUUUGAAAAUAUAGGUUUUCCACUUAACAAGACGAUCAACAAGAUGUUAGAUGCAAAACGAUUAGUAAAAAUACGUAUCAAAAUUAGUAGUAUUUUAUUAAUACUAUUUUCAACUAUUAAUAUUUUCUAUCUUAUGAAAAUAUCAAAAGGUAACUUUUUGUGUGAUUGCAAUUUAUCAGAUUUCAAGAUAUGGAGAUAUGUAAUAUCAUAAUAUAAAGCAGAUUCUACAAUAAAUAAACUAGAAGAUAUGUCUGUCGAUGAGGUACGAAAUAUAAAAUAUCGUUAAAUAUUAGAACAUUUUUAAAAGCUAUUUGUUAAUUGCAGAGAGAAAUGUCGGAAUUAUAACACACUAAGAAAUAGUGUACAUUAUUACCAGAUAUUGUUUUACAGCGAUAUAUGUGAUUUAUUGUACCAUAAGUCAUUCGUGACCAAUAAUCUGUAAUCAAAUCACCAUAUAACAGUUCUGAAUUAUUGUAAAUAUUGCUACAUCGAAAGAACGAGUGCAUUUUGAACAUCGCGGCUGAGUAAGGUUGUACAAAUUAUAUGUCUUGUAAUUCGUGUAAAAUUGCGAUAAGGAAUUGCGUUAGCUUUUGCAAAAUUUCUGUUUCUUGCUUAUCGUUGACGUCGAAUUGUAUCCGAUAUCACAGCGGCGAUUGACAUUAGUGUGUAAAUAUAUACGUAGCUUUAUGAUUAUUUAUUUCUACGACUGUAAAGUUAAGAGGUAUUUUUUAAGUUGCGCGAGUUGUGAAUGUACCGGUCAGUUGUAAGGGAAAAAAAAAAGGAACAAUUGGCACACGUUCCCCAAGCCAAAAGAAUCUGGAAUACCGGAAACUCAUGACUUUCGUUUAGCGUGUACAUAAAGCCGGCGAGAUGCUUUCCCGACGCAUUCACGUCAUCGAAAUCCUCAUUCGUAUAUACUGUGAAUCUUGCGUAUCGGAUUUGUAUAGUCUGCGGAUGAGAGUUUCUUAAGCAAAUAAAAAUUGUAGAAAAAGGUGAAAGGAAAAAAAAAACGCUAGCAGACGAAUAUUAUUAUUAUAAUGAUUUCUGAAAUCAAUUAUUUACCAAAUUAUUUAUUAAAUUAACAUAGUGGAAAUAUUAUUUUUAAUAAAUGGUAUAAUAUGCAAUAAGAGAGUACAUUUUUCUAUAUUUCGACACGAUAUAUUAGCGUAUUCUACUUCGUAUAUACAAUCUGUUGAGAAUCUUUAUACGAGAAACGAGUGGCACGAAGUAUAAUUUGUAUUUUUUUUUUUUUUUUUGUAUAUAUUUUAUGUAUUGUAUAUAUAAAAAUUUAUAGAAUAAAUUAUAGUCGUAGUAUAUACGGUGCCAUACGAUGCUAAAAUUUUGUUGCAUUCAUGAGCCGCGCAAAAUUAUGGAAAUCUUAAACGUUUGAUAAAAACAAUCUUGGUUAAACGACAACCUUUAGGAAACUAUAUCGCAAAAUUUGAAACUUUUUCAAAAUGUUAAUGCACGAGAGCGUUCUUCAAAAGAUGGUUUUGAAACAUUUAAGUUUUUCAUGAUUACACAAUUGACUUGCUAAGCGCAGACAAUUUAUUUAUAAGGAUAAUUUUGUGCUCAUUCCAUAUCGUAAAUUAUAUAAUUUUAUGAUUCUUCUUCUAAGAUCACAUCACGUAGAUCAGGAAUUCUCAAACAGUGGCAUAAGCGCAUACAAGCGUGUCUGUUACUAUUGAUGUACUCUAAAAAGGGUAAAAAUCUGCUAAAUUAUUAGAGUACAGAAAUAACAGUUAAGCGUUAAUAUUUAUUAAUGCCACGCUUAAUACAUUGAAUGCGUUGAAAUGUAUUAAUUAUUUCAAUACGAGCAUUUGAGCAUCCCUGAACUUGUGUAAAUUAUGAUUACUUACAAUAAAACGUGAUACGUGUAUUGUAGUAACGUAAUCAUUAGAUUGCAAAUGCGAUACUGCGUUGAUGAUCCAUUCUUUGUGGAAUCACGAUUGUUACUAAAGAAAAUUAGCGAUUAGUUAGAUGUUUCUUGAUAAGGAGUCGUUCGAAUUUCUCAAGUUAAAUGUUAUUUUACCAAAUAGCGCUUUAUAAUUGCUUAUACGUAUAUAUUGAAAAUGUGCGUCUAAUUAUUUUGAUAUCGUUUAGUUCCACACAUACUUGCGCCAGAAUUAGGUGGUAAAAAUUGCCUUAUACCUUAACUCUAUAUUGCAAUAGAUAUAACGUUGUGCUAGAAAUGCUCAAUUUUAAUGAAACAUACGUAAUCUCAGUAGAUCCGACUCUGAGAUGUAGAUUAACAGAUCGAUUGUAAUCUGGAUCCUUGAGAUAUGCGAUGUUUGUAAAACGUAUGUGCACUUGUAUAAUCUUGUAACUGUAAUAAAUUAAUUACUUCCAUG